AUGAGAAUAUUUAAUACUAUUGAUAAAUCUAAACUAAGACAUUUACGUGAUUGUAUUGAAUGUCUACAAAAUGGUAAAAGAUCACAUUCAAAUGAAAUAAAUGGUUCAGAUCUUGAUGGUAAUGAAUAUGCUGUUCUAUGGCUUGAUCUUGUUAUACGAGAUACAGAUAAUUUUGAACCAUAUGAUGAUGAUUCUCAAGAACCAUCUGUUUCAUUAUCAAGUUCAAUGAUACAUGAUGAUAUUGUCGAUGUUGUUUCAACAAUAUCUGAACAAGAUUAUCAAGGAAAAUUAUGUUGUACACAUUUAGGUUAUAUUGAUAAAGCUGGUAAUCAUCCAUUAAGUGAGCAACAAUCUAUUACAAAUCAUUUUGCUGAUCACCCCGAAGAAAAAGAUUCAUCAUAUAAUAUAUGGACAACAAUUGAGGAUGUACCUAUUGACGCAUAUCUUAUACAUCCAAGUUAUCAUCAAUAUAUGCCAUCAUCAUUAGAUGUAUAUAGAAUUUAUUAUGAUGCAUUAUUGAAACUACAAUAUUUGCUUAUCAUUUUAUAUCUGACAUUGUUUUAUUUACCGUUUUAA